AUGAAACAAUUCAAGGUAGCGGUGGGUGUUCUAGCAGUGACGUCAUGCUUUGUGACGAUGCUACUGUACUACUGGCACUGGCUCAUGAUGAGCGAAAAUAUUCAUUUCGACGCAGGAAGUUCAGAGGAAUUAGAUAUUGACAACAAAGUGACCCACAGCACAAUCCGACCAAGACAAUAUGGCACGCCCAUGUCGCACGUGCCACUAGAUACAAUAUACAAAGAUGCUGCCAAUGACGAAUCUCUUGAACUUGCGGAGGAACGCGGUCCUAUUUACCUGUUAGACACGCCGGGAUGCCGCAUACCUGUAUCUAUAAUACCGUACCAGAUAAUAAAUAAAAAACAAAAACAUAAGCCUGGCACAUGUGGUAUAAGAGCCGUUUAUUUGAAAAGAGUGGAGGUGGACACAGUCCAAGCAAUUAUAAAAGACAAACUUAUGAAAACGUAUUUACGAAAAGGUGACCGCUACGAAUGCUGCUAUAGAUUCUUUACUAAAUAUACGCACCCAGGAAAAGAACGCACCAAAAUAAAAUACACGCCGUGCCACAAACUUAAGGAUUUGCAGGUUUUCACAAUAGAGUCCGAUUUCGUGAACGUUAAAUGUUCACAAAAAGAUAGACUGAAAAAAACAUCACAUGUAAUAUAUGACGAUGUAUAUCCAUUUGUCAAAAUGGUUUCUCCAAAUGAACAAUCUGGCGAGGAAGGCAAAAGAAAAAGGUUUAAUGUUUUGAUGAUCGGCAUGGACUCCAUGUCACUAGCCCGUUUCUCUGCGGUCAUGAGUCGAACUGUAAAGUUUUUUGAAGAAAAUUAUUGGUUAGCAUACAGGGGCUUCCACAAGAUUGGAGACAACACCCUUCCAAAUUUAAUGGCAACAUUCACUGGGCUGAAUAUGUCUGCAGUCGCCCAGAAAUGCUCUGGGAAAAUGGAUGAAUGCAGAGAUUUAUUCAUUUGGAAUAAAUUCCGUAAAGAUGGUUACGUGACAGCUUAUGGCGAGGAUCAUCUACGGUUACCAGACACAUUUCAUGACGAAUAUGAGUUCAAGAAACCUCCGACGGAUCACUACAUGCGACCAUUUUUCAUGAAAGAAGAAACUGAAUUUAGUAACCAAUCUUUAGUUUGCGCUGGGAAAGCACCAUCCGGACAACAAAUACUUGAUUACGCUUUAGACUUCGCUGUUACUUAUAGAUUCAAAUGUUUCUUUGGAGUAUUUUGGUUAAACUCUUAUAGUCACAAUGCAAACAGCCACCCAGAGGAUGGUGAUAAAACUAUUGAAAAUUUUCUCAACCGUCUGUCAUACACUGGCAUUCUUGAUGACACUUUUAUUAUAAUAUUUAGUGACCACGGGGUUCGUUUUGGCGAGCUUCGGCUCUUGCCACAAUCUUACUACGACGAGCGCCUACCGGGAUUGUUCAUGUGGGUGCCUUUGCUUUUUAAGAGCAGACGCACUAGGAUGUUUCACUCCGCAGCCCUUAAUCAAUAUAAACUAGUUACACAUUACGAUUUAUAUAACACCCUCGUAGACAUUCACCGAGUAUCUCUUAACAGCAACUCGGAGCUGACUGCCCUCGUAGGAGUCGCUGAAGGAUGUCCUCGGUGUCAUAGCUUAUUUAAAACAAUCAACGCCAACAGGACUUGUAGAGACGCAGCUAUUGAUGAGAAGUGGUGUGCAUGUCACCAUAUAUAUCCACUUACAAUCGAAGACACAGAAGCAAUGAAGAGCGUUGAUCUUGUGGUGCGCUGGAAGAAAACCUUCAAGUAG